UUCUACGUGUACAGUAGUGAAAAGUACUUACAGACUGCAGCAUUUUUGUUCAUCAAUUCAAAAAUGUUUAAGUUAUGGUCGAUUUGGGUGGCCAUCUUUUCCUCUGCGCUAUUCGUAGCAGGAAAUGUAACCAGCAGCGAAAAUAAUCCCAGUCAUAAAGGAAGAUACAAUUGUAAAACUCGAGAGUGUUUUAUAGACAAUUUAAAAUUUGAAUUCGAUCUGACGAAAAAUAUGAACGACAGUGUUGAUCCCUGCGAAAAUUUUUACGAAUACGCUUGUGGUAAUUUCGAUGAUUUACCUCAUGCUCCCAAAACGAUGAAUCGUCAUAUGGAAGCAACAAGCAUUAUGAGUCAAGCAUUUUCCGCAGCACUGAAAGAUCCAAAGUCAGUAAAUAAAUCCAAACCUUUAAAUUUUAUUGCGAAUUACAUGACCGCUUGCGCAGAUCUCAACCAUAAUAAUGAAUACAAAGAUUUAGACGCCAAAGAAGAUAAAUUAGACUUUUUGAAAGAAGUAAUUUCGAAAUUCGGCGGAUGGCCGGUUGUAGAAGGCGACAAGUGGAAAGAAACUGAUUUUGAUUGGAUAAAAUUUGCUCAUAAAUCAGGUUCCAUGGGUUAUUCCUUUGGUCUGGGUUUUUUAAAUUUUUUUGUUAAUUACACCAACCCUGAUAGCCCAGUAUCAUUUGUGUUGAGUCCUCCUUUCUUGGAAUUCACAGCAGAAUAUUCAGGGAACCCCCAAAAUAAUCCUGCAAAGACUGCCUACUACAAUUAUAUGAUCAAUGUCGCAAAAUUUUUGGGAGCUGAUGAAACCCGAGCUAAAGAAGAUCUUAAGGAAGCAUUUGAAUUCGAAUCAAAACUUAUCGCUAAAACCGCCAAAAUAGAAAACCUACAGGUAAACUCGAUGUCGGUUGAAGAAAUGGAGCGAACAUGGCCAAUCAUAAACUGGUCUGAAUAUUUUGGCAAUCACUUGCAUCCAUAUUUUUCUGUUGAAAACAAAACUCUUAUAAAUAUUUCGGAUAAAAACUACAUCGCAGAAUUUGAAAAAUUGAUGAACACAACUUCCAAAAAAGCCCAAGCAAACUACGCUAUUUGGAAAAUGAUCCAAUCCUCGAUUCCUUAUAUAAAAUCCGUGACUCUGUACAACUUUGCCAAAACUUACGCGUUUUUUAGGCAGGCUCCUGACACCAGCUUACGUUCAUGUGAUUCUGAAGUUCAGACAUAUUUAUCAAAACUUAUACUAGCUCACUUCGCACGUAACAAUCCAAUAGCCCCGGAAGUCAAACGUAGUGCUGGCCAAAUUUUUUCGAAUAUUAAGAACAAAUUGCUGGAUAUUUUAAAAUCUAAUACUUCACAGUCCCAAUUUAGUGAAAAUAUAAUCAAGAAAAUAGAGAAUGUAAAGAUUGUUUUUGGUUACCCCGAUGAAUUGCUGGACGAUGAAAAGCUAAAUGAAUAUUUUGAAGCUCUCGAAAUCACCAAAGAUAAUUACUUGGCUAAUUGGUUGAGUUCUCAGUCAUUUAACACGAGAAUGCAAUACAGAAUGGUGAGUAAGUCGCAAGAUGCCUAUGACUGGAAGGACAUUCUCUCAACUAUGUACUUACAUAGUCCAGUUCAACAGUCGCAGUAUUUUUCACGUGGGAAUGUUAUCGAAAUACUGUCAGUGCUGAGCAAUUUCUACAUUAACCCUAAUCGUAAUAAUUAUUCGAACUACGGCGGGAUUGGGGCUUUCAUAGGUCGCGAAUUGGUCAAUGUACUUAAUAUUUCAAUGAACUCAAGUAACGAUUAUCCAAGCGAUAAUGUAGAUAAUUGUGAUCCUGAGCGAUACAGCAACUACACCGGAAGAAACGGAACCAAAGAAUUGAAUUCACUUAUGCUGAAGAUAGUCACCACUCAACAAUUAGGUCUCGAAUUUGCUUACUCAGCUUACCAAGAGUGGGCUAAAGAACAUGGAGAGGAAAAAAAAUUAGCUAAUCUAUAUUCGCCCAAUCAAUUGUUUUGGUUAUCGUACGUCAAUGCGUAUUGCGCACCGAAGAAGCCGAAAUUCACCGUAUAUGUGCCAAUUGAUAAGGAGGUUAAUUGGCAAAUUUUAAACACCCCACAGUUUUCAAAGGACUUCAAUUGUCCUCUAGGGUCUUCGAUGAAUCCCAAAAACAAGUGCAGAGUUCUCUAAUGGGAAAUUAUUCGCUCGUAAUUUACUGUCAUAAAAAAUAUUGUUGUGGCAAUAAAAUGAUGUUAUAAAAUGAGAAAUUAAUAAAUUGCGACAUUUACAAAAUUUGAA